AAAUAAGGUGACGGGUAGUCGGGAUCUGUCGAGGCAUGCAUUAGAUAGUGUCCACAAGUGUCACGGCUGGCUGACCGUCUCUCUCAGUCUUUCUAGGAAAAGAGUUAUUUCAGAGGGCAAAUUAGGAGCUUGCAUCCCAGUUACUAUGGCGAGGGUGGAGCAAAUGCAAUGGACACUAUGCUGCGAGUGGCUACAGCGUGUUGGCCUCAUAAGAAGUGACCACCUGCUAGCCACCGACCAGGCCAAUCUCACCGACCUCUGUAUAUUCCUGAGGGAUGGCGUGAUGCUGUGCGAACUUCUCCAUCUCCUCGACAGGAACAGCAUUCAACUCUGGACCAUUAACAAGCGUCCACAUAGAGCACAGUUCCUCUGCUUGAAAAACAUAGGAAUCUUCCUUCAAAAGUGUGAGCAGGAGUUUGGGCUUCACAAAAGUGACCUCUUUAAGCCACUCAUGUUGUUUGAGUCCAGUGACAUCAAGAAGGUGCUGCAGACACUGUCCAAACUCAGCAAUUGUCCCAAGGCUCAGCGGCUAAACAUUCCGGGCUUCCCAGAGGAGAGCGAUCUGGAUAAUGUCGACAAUGAUAUAUACGAAUAUCUCGAGAGGGACAUGGCUAAUGGCCUGGCAGGAGACCCCACCUCCUUAAGAAUGGAGAUACAGGAGUCACUUUACGACGACGUCUUAGGAGACGACAGGAUAUACGCAGAGCUCAGAUUGUGUAGUCGCAGACAGCUGGAGGAAGAGAACAUUUAUGAAGAAGUUGAACACAUAUAUGAUGCUUUCGAGAUACCUGUAGAUGCAGCCGUGCCUCGUGUGGAGGCUCCCGACCUCACCAGGAAGCGGGACCUCUGCCUCCAGGAGAUCGUGGAAACUGAGAACAACUAUGUGACGGCUCUCAACAUGCUCUGCACGAAGUUCCUCGAGCCGCUCAAAAGGAAACUCCAUGAGGAACAAAUAAAAAAAAUCUUUGGGUGCAUACCAGAGUUGGCAAGGAUCCACCAAGCUCUGCACCGGGACCUGAAGGAUGCCCAGAACAACACCUCAGGGAAGACAAUCUCUGAGGUCUUCCUGGAGAACCAAGAGCAGCUCAUCAUCUAUGGGGAGUAUUGUGCCAACCUGGCGGCGGCGCAGCAGGAGGUGGAGGACGUCGUGAGCAACAAUGAGGAAGUCAGGAACCUCAUCCAGGAGUGCCAGAGUGAAGUGAGUGAUGACCAUAGCCAGCUGAAAGGGUACCUGGUGGUGCCGGUCCAGCGCAUCCUCAAGUACCACCUUCUCCUUCAUGAGCUGGUCCGUCACACUCCGGCUACCCACAGUGAAUUUGGGGACCUGAAGCGUGCCCAUGAGGCCAUGCGGGACCUUGCAGAGUAUAUAAAUGAGGUGAAGAGGGACAAAGAGGACCUACAAAUCAUUCAGGACCUUCAGAACAGCAUAAUGGAAAUGCCAAGUGAUAUCAAUGACUGGCAGGAGCUUGGCAAGCUGAGGCAUGAUGGAGAGACAAAGAUUGAGUGUCACCCAGAGCCAAUAAGGAAAAGAUAUGUGUUUGUGUUUGACAAGGUGAUGGUGAUAUGCAGCAAACAGACAAGGGACGAAAAUUACUUCUAUGAGAACUCCGUGAGGCUGGAGAACUGUCGCGUUGAGAAUUCUGGUGGAAAGGGGACAGGCAGCAGCACUCGAGGGCGUCAGAACAGCUUCAGCCUGGUGGUGGACGUCAACAAGAAGGCGUACACUAUCAUCACCAAAGACAGCGACUCUAAGGAGAAGUGGAUGAAGAGUAUCAGCGAUGCAAUAGAAUACCUCAACCCAUCUAAGAACCAGGAGAUGAAACACUCCUUUGCCAUCACCACCUUCUCCAGGCCCAACACUCGUUGUGAGAUGUGCAACAAGCUGCUCAAGGGAACCAUCUUUCAGGGAUACAAGUGCUCAAAGUGUGAGUUGGUGACACACAUGAACUGCCUUAAUGGGGUGCAGCGCUGUGAAGGAAGCAAUCUGUACCCAGGCUAUGGCAACCUGCAGCUCCAGCAGUAUGCCUGGUGGGUGGAGGAGAUGACGAGGACAACAGCCUCAGACCGCCUGCUUCAUCAGCCGCAGGGAACGUUCCUCAUCCGUUGGUCUGACCGAUACCAGAAACUUGUUCUCUCCCUCAAAGUUGAAAAUCGAGUCAAACACAUGAGAAUAUUCAAACACGAGGAGAGCAGCGACUUCUACCUGAGCGAGGUGCGCUACUUUCACUCGCUGGACUCCCUCGUCAGAUACUAUGGAUCGAAUUGCCUUUCAGAGUGCUUUUCUAACCUCUUCGCUUACCUGCUCCGUCCUCUGUAUGAAGUUGCUAUAUCAAAAUUCUCUUAUCGUGGGACGGAGAAGAACCACCUUUCACUGGAACUUGGUGACCGGGUGAUUGUGACCAGUCAUGAUGGCGAGAACAACGGCUGGUGGAAAGGAAGAAUAGACAACAGGGUGGGUGACUUUCCCAUGGAGUAUGUCAGAGUACAGAACACAUAAAGCUGGUGUCACGGUGGGCCUUUUCCCUCCAACUCCAUUGGCGGUAAGGGCAACCAGCAACUCCAAUUUUUCCAGGUGUGCAUCACACACAGCCAAGGUCGGUUGCCCAUAUCCACAGCAUAAACAAAGAAGUCACCCUGUAUCUACAUGUCUGCAAAGUAUAACAGCUGUUGCAGGUUACGCUGCCAUUAUCCAAGUUAUACAAAAAAGCUCUGCCGGUCCACUUUGAGUCUCUUAAUGGGCCAUCUUCCACUGCUCCUCACUCCUCAGCCUCUGCCAUCAUCUUUUUGUUUACAUACAGCUGCGUGGUUGCUUGUACCCACAACUGUUUUUAUAACCUGUUAUUAAGUGAAUGGAGCCAUAGGAGCCUUAUGUUCUUUGUAUGAGCGGCCUCCAGUCACUGGCCGCUGCCACAGUCAUAAGUGUUCUGUGUCAGUCAUUUAAGUAUAGUGUGCUGUGAGUUGUUACUCUGAUCCUAAUGACAGGCAUGGCACACCAUCAUGUUAGUGUAUUGCCUCCUCAUUUUGGAGAAAAUAAUAUGCACAGAUAGACAAGCCAGGGAUGCCAGAUAAAACCCACUACCUCUACUACGGACAGAAGCCUGAAGUUUGGUAGUUUUGCCAAACUGUUCUACACAAGUUAUUUAGCUGUGAUUUUACUCCUGUUUUAUAAGUGAAAGUAUGUAUUUUACAUAUAUGUCUUUAUUUGUCAUUGCACUUUCCCUUAAACACUAAAGAAACUUGCAUUGGUAACACAUGAAAAGCACAGGUGCACCACUGAUUGCCGUGGGAAUGUUUUCACAACCUUACAGUUCACUAGUGCACUGGCUGCCUGUCUUGGUAUACCACAGAUGCCAAACAGUGCAAAAUAAAUAACAUAUAAAUACAGAUGUUGACACACCAGGUAUAUUGUUAACUGUCUCAAAAAAAAAUAUAUAUAUAAUUAUUUUAUAUCAACAAUAAAUCGUACACUUUUCUGGUGGUGAGGCCAGUAAUGCUGAAGGGUUGCUGGUCUCAAAACUUCCCAUCGGUUGGAAAGCUUUGGGAGCUUUUAUGAUCAAAAGGUAAUUUGAUGCGAACCACUUUCAACGAACAUUGGCCAGUUAAAAAUAUGGGUGACAUGUGUACCGAGCAUAUGCAUAGAAACUUGUGGAUCAUUAUACAUAUAUUAAGUUUUAGAAUUUAAACUUUUACUUUUGAGUCUAAAAUCUUAAGCUGUGAUUAAUGUUUUUGUAUGAGUAAUCCAAUACCUGCAAAUGGAUGUAAUGAUAUUUCAAAUACAUGAACUAUUCUGUGUACUGUG